UUAGUAUAGUAUAAAAAAAGUAAUACCAAUCCGAAUCACCGGCUAAUGUCUGUUACUUAAUAUUCAUUAAUAUUACAUUUAAUUUAUUUAUUCUUAACACGAUAAUUACAUAUAAACCACCAAGGCACCUAUUUAUUUCAGAUGGCUGAUAUCCCUGAGGUAACAACAUCAUCUCCUUCUGAAAUGCUGGCAGCAGGACGUCGGCAUCUUGCUGUAAGGGACUUCAGUGCUGCAGCUGGCACCCUCGCAAAGGCUUGUGAGGCACUUGCUAAAGAGCAUGGUGACACAGCAGAUCAAUGUGCCGAGGCUUAUUUAUGGUAUGGCAAAGCGCUUCUGGGUCUGUCAAGAGAAGAGAGUGGUGUGCUCGGAGAUGGUGUGGCAGGAAAUGGAAAUCCUGAAGAGGAGGAUGAUAAUGAGGAAGGUGCUGACAAUGGUGAGGAAGAACAAAAUGGAGAAGGAGAACAGAAUGGCGAGAACAAUGAUGAAGUAGAGAAAAUCGAAGCUGAGUCCACAACAAAGGAGGAAGAACCUGGCAGCAGUACAGUUGCUGAAGGAGAUGGUGAUGAGCCAGGUACAAGCAACAACGGUGAAGCAAAUGAAGAGUCUGAAGCCGAUGAUAAUGAAGACGAUGUUGAUAAUCUGCAAUUAGCCUGGGAAAUGCUUGAUUUAGCUCGCAGCAUACUGUCGCGGCGGGCGGAGGAAGAUGGUGGUACUCCGGCUCGUGCUUUGCUCGCUGACGUGCAUCUAGCACUAGGGGAGGUGGCCCUCGAAAGCGAGACCUACGACAAGGCCGUCAUCGAUAUGCAAAGCUGUUUGGAACUACAAAAGGAACUUUACUGCAGGGAUGAUAGAAGAAUCGCUGAAACGCAUUAUCAGAUUGGGCUAGCGAAUUCUCUAGCAUCCAACUUUGAAGACGCCAUAACACAUUUCAAGAAUGCGGCGAACAUUCUAGAAACUCGCAUCAAGACGUUAGAGAAUCCAGCAGCAGUGACUGAGGAUGCCACCGUCAAGAAGUUUGCAACAGCCGAUCCCUUCUACUCUGUCGAGGGCGAGAUUAAGGAACUCAAAGAAUUGCUCCCUGAAAUCCAGGAGAAAAUCCAGGACAUGAUGGAUUAUAAAGCUGAGACUAUAAAACGAGUACGCGAAACCUUAUGCUCUGCAAAUGGAGAAGGCUCGUCUCAUACUAACGGAGCGGGUUCCAGCACUUCUGCGGCAAAACCAGCGGCAGACAUUUCCCAUCUCAUCAAGAGGAAACGGAAAUCAAGUGAAGGCGACGCGGAAUCUUCGGCCGCGAAGAGAAUUAAUACGUGAAUUUUAAAAAUAUCUGUACUAUUACGAAUCAUAACACCUGGUAAUAAAGGUUAAAAUGUACAGAUAAUCGGAAAUGAUCUAUAACAGUGCUUGUGAGGCAAAGGAAUCGCAUAGUGUAAAUAAGUAAUUAUAUUAAUACUCCUUUUCUCAAAUCUAAUCAGUUAUAAGUUUAUUUAUUUUUGUUUUAAACUCGCAAAACAGGCAUAGAUGUAGUCUGAGAUGUUGCAUCGUUCAAUUUUAGUAAAUUAAGUAUGUGACGUCACAUUAAUGCGCCACUUGCUUAUUCUGAAGUUUGGUAUAUUUAUUAGUACGAGUAUCCAUACAACAAAAGAACUAGGGGUAUAACCAAACCUCACACACUUUAAGAUAAUUAAUUUCAUAGAGAAACCCAACUAGAAUUGUAAUCUUGAACACAUUCAUGCUUAAUAACAUACUUGUCACUUUGGAUACUGAUCUGGUAUUAAGUCAAACUUUUUGUAGAUAAUUAAUAAAUUAAUUCAGAAUUUAUUAAAACAAAUUAAUUCAUAUGUACUAAUGUACUAUGAUUAACUAGGUACUAAACUAAUUGCACAAAUGGACUAUGUUCUUGAUUAAUACGUUAUUUAGUAAGGUCCU